AUGAAACGUGGAACUGUGUUCCGAAAACCAUCUGAUGAUUAUUAUUACGGUGAAGAAAAGCAAAAAGUUGUUCAUGCAAAACCGAUUAAACAACGAAUUGCACGCAAAUUAGGGGAUCUUGGUGUUGGAAAAGAUUUUGUUGUUGGCAGCGAAGAAUCUCAAGCACAACUGAGCGGAAAUAAUAUUAAUAACAGUGCAGAGAGUUGUGCGACCCCUGAAGGCUCAUUAUCGACAGAUGAAAGGAACAGGCUGGAAGCUAGAAUUUUAAAAGCAGAAAUGAAAGGAAAUUUGGAAUUGGCCGAAAAGCUGCGGAAACGUUUACAAGGUGUUGGUGACGAAGCUUCCACAUCGGAGAGCAGUCACACGCGUAUUCUCAUGAAAACUGAUAAACGGACUGGGUUAAGUAUUCCUGUCUCCAGAUCUGAUGGUACAUCACAAAAAUUGAAGCCUUCGGUAACUUUCAGUGGUAUUCUCGAUAUAGCUUUUGACUUUACUGUUAGUUCCAAUUGUAAGUAA